CAGUGCAAACAAUCGCAUGACCAACAGAUACUGGAAUCCAACACAACAGUAAGCCUGCUUCUUGAUCUCUAUCUGUCGUAGAACUUGUCCUGAGACGUGGUUCCAAAAGGGGCUGUCGCGUGGUGUUUGUCUUGGCAGGUCGUCACUUUCUGGUUCGAAACUCCGCAACCUCCGUGCCGUGAGAUUCGUCAACAUCCCACCCUCACUCUGACCCUACGACACUUUUGCGCAUGCUUGGCGCGCCCGACCUUGCGACAGGAGAAGAUGUCUCCAUGUUGCGUACCAUCAUUGCGACCGGCUGCCUGAUUUGGUGGGUGGUAGUCUGGAAUGUUUGUGCUAUUGGCUUCGUUCAGCUUUUCCGCUAUUACUGGAGGAGACCUCAGCAGGCAACGUGCGUUACGACAUUGAAAGACGAUGAAGUCCCUCGAGUCACCGUUAUACGGCCAGUCAAAGGCCUCGACCCACGAUUGUACGAAUGCCUCGCAGCCACCCUCCGCCAGACGUACCCCAAAGACAAACUGAACACCGUGUUCUGCGUUCCUGAGCGAUCCGAUCCCGCCUUUCCGAUUCUCGAACGCCUAUGUAAUGACUUCCCGGACGCCCAUGUGCAAAUCUUGGUCGAAGAAGAGGAUCCGCUGCUACUGAAGGAUAAUAACGCGCUGGGACCCAAUCCGAAGAUCAGAAACAUGAGUCGUGCCUAUAGGGAGGCCGAGGGUGACAUCGUGUGGGUGCUUGACUGUAACGUCUGGGUCGGCAAGGGCGUUUGCGGUCGACUAGUGGACCUACUAUGUGGCUUUGGACAGGACAAACAUGGCAACAGCAAGAGAAAGUACAAGUUCGUGCACCAGACACCUCUCACGGUAGACCUCGAUUCGCAAGGUCUAUCGCUACAGGACAGGAAGGAGUUGCUCGGAGGAAAACCAGAAGCUGCAGCACAGUUGACCAAUAUCGCGGCAAGCACAUCUUCGGAUCCUCGCAACCACUCGGGAAGUACUAUCAGGAAGCUGCUGCAGCGUGGUGGCGGACGUCUGGACGAAGCUUUCAUGUCUUCUGCCCACGCCAAAUUCUACCAAGCCAUCAACACCGUCGCUGUAGCACCCUGUAUUAUGGGCAAGAGUACUAUGUUCCGUCGCUCCCAACUCAACUAUGUUACCUCAUCGAACCCAGAACGCACUCCCGGUAUCGAUUUCUUCUCCGACAAUAUCUGCGAAGAUCACCUCAUUGGCGAUGUGCUGUGGAAAGAACCCCAAGCUUUCGAGAAACGAGGUUACCAACCAGAACCAGGGACCAAGAAGGAGACCUGGGGCAAGCACGCUAUGCUCUUUGGUGACUUCUGCUACCAGCCAAUCAGCCAUACGUCUGUGAUGGCCUACUUACAGCGUCGUAUUCGAUGGCUACGAGUACGGAAGUUCACGGUUACGUUAGCAACGUUUGUGGAGCCAGGAACGGAGAGUCUUCUGUGUGGGCUGUAUGGCGCAUACGCUCUAACGACGCUACCCGUGUUCCACAACAUCGGCAUCAGCCCGACUUGGACCUCCUUCUUCCUCAUCUGGCUCCUACAUCUGUCUGCUUGGUGUCUAGUGGACUACGUUCAAUAUCUGUUGCUUCACUGCGCCAAGACUGUCGAAAUCGAUGCCGACACUCCUGAUUUUAUCUUGCCCCAGCGAUCAGCCUCUGCAUACCACCGCACCGAAGUUCUUGAACCUCUCCUUGGCAAUAAGACUCCAAGUGAGCCAAGUCUACUUGAUGGUGCAAGAAGAAACUUCAUGGACUUUCUCUAUGCUUGGCUUGGUCGCGAGUUCUUUGCAUUACCUGUAUGGGUCAUUGCGUUCUGGGGCGGCGUUACUGUAGAAUGGCGAGGUCGGAAAUUCUGGGUCGGGCUAGACAUGAAGGUUCAUGAGAUAUUGCCCCAAGUGAACGAAGCCAAGAAAGACCAGGGCAAGAAGCCUUAGCGCUUUAUGCGUCUUUGAAUUAGAUUUUGUACAGCAUGUAGCCAUGAAAGCAUUUCAGGUGUUUCCAGGACAAUACAGAUGCAGUCAGACGGGUGCACUGACAUUUAGAUGGUGAACUGAGUCUUUGUUGAUCAAGAGUAAGUAUAACCAAGCUAAUCCUGUCGUGCAGGGUCCAGCUGGAUGCCUCCUACAAUACCAUCAAUCUCCGUCAUGACGUCUGGCGUAAGCUUGUCCAAAACUUUCAGAGCUGCACAGUUGUCCACCACCU